AUGGGCUCUCUUCUCCAAAAAUCCACUCCAAAUUUUCAUAGAAGUCUAUCAACUUCUUUAAAGAUUUUGUCCUUAAUCCUCCUUAGUUUACUUUCGUCUCUUUUUCUCAACCAGGAACAAGAAUCAUAUGUUUUAGCAGUAUGUGGUAUUGUCCUCUUCAUUAUCAUUAAAACUUACCUGGUAUCAAGGUCUUCAGAAAUCUACCUUGUAGACUACUCUUGCCUAAAGCCACCAAACUAUUGGAGAGUACCCUUUUCGAGUUUUCUUGAACACGCACACAUGGUUCUCUCUCUUGACCAAGAAAGCGUUGAUUUCAUAUCAAAGGUCUUUGUGUCUUCAGGGCAAAGUGAAAGGACAUACCUUCCUCCAGCUCUACACUUCAUCCCAACAAGACCAACCCACGAAGAAGCCGUUAAAGAAGCUCGAUUAAUUCUGUUCCCAGUUUUUGAAGACCUUCUGUCAAAAACCAAACUCUCCCCUCUCGACAUCGACAUUCUCAUAGUCAACUGCAGUGGGUUUUGUCCAUCUCCUUCCCUGUCGUCGAUCAUUAUCAAUAGGUACUCAAUGAGAGAAGACAUAAAGAGCUUCAACAUUAGCGGUAUGGGGUGUAGCGCGAGUGCAUUAGCUGUUGACAUGGCGCAGAUAUUGUUGCAGGCCCCUGUUUUACACAGCAAAACAGAGCAAAGAUGA